CGUGUACUAAAAUAUUUAGAAAGUUUUAUAUUUUGAUUUUUUCUGUGAGAAAAACGUCUGAAAAUGCAGGUAUUUUGAGCUUUUUGAUAGUUUUAUUAUAUAUAUGCAUUUCGCUAGAGCUAUAUGAUCUCGACGUUUUAUGAAAUUUGAUGAAUUUAAUCACAAAAUAAUACUCAUCUCUAGAAUGAAGGAGUGAGUGAGCAACAAAGUCUGCCAAUUGAUAUUUACUAUAAUAAACUUCUUGGUAAGUAUUUAGGUUUUAUACUCUAUAUAUUUCUUUAUUUCCACAUUCAGAAAUACACCCUUUUAAUAGGUGUACGUAGCAAAUACUUCCUAGGCCUAGCUGGUAUCCUUGAUCUCAUUAUAAAUAUCAAGAAGCUAUUCUUGCAUGAUUCAUGAACAUAUUAAGGCCUCUAAAGUGAAGAGUUGUUUUAUUUCCAUAAUAAUCAGUUAUAUACAAUCUUUUACGAUUCUGAUUGUCAACUGAUAAUGUAAUAAUCAGUCUAAUUGCUUUUAUUGGUCAGUCACUUACAAUAAAGUAAACCAUUUUGAUUUGAAUACGCUAACGAGGGUCCACAAUAGGCUACCCCAAUCCCGAUAUCCCGAUGUAUUUUUUCUAAAAUUCCCGAUAUCCCGAAACGUUUUUUGUGGAAUCCUGAUCCCGCCUUGCAGCUUAGUAACCUAUGACGACGAAGAAAGUGUCAGUUUUACCGCGAAAUUUCAUGACGUUGUACGGGAAAGCAAACCAAAGAUAUAGCUUGAAAAUCCAUGCAUGGAUGCAUCUUAAAAAUAAGUCGAUUAUUAAAUCUGAUAGCCAUUCCAAAUCGAGAGACAGUUCCGAGGAGAAAAUUGGCCUCUAGCUCCAAAGUUCCAACACUAUUGGCACGCUCCUCUUUGACCUUUUCUUGAACUUCAUCGUUGCCGCCUUCAUCGCUACUUUUAUCGUACUCAUCAACUUCUACGCCUCCCAUUUCCUCCUCUUCGUCGACUCUCUCUUCCUUGAUUUCUGCCUCUGAAUCCUUCCCGAGGCUGUCAAUUAUGACAGGCUCCCCUGGUUGUAUUUGACGUUGGUACAAGUAAUCUGGGAGUGCCCCUGCCGUGCACAUUGUGGUCUCCUGCCUCAUGGUGCGUUGUCGCACAGAUGUUCCAUACGCGUCUGCCCAUUUCAUAUUUUGGGCGUCUUGGGGAGAAAUGGUGGUCGGUUGCUGUGCCUCCAUAAGUGGAAUUGCUGCUAGGCGUGACACUCUUUCAGAAACUGGGUACCAGGAUUUAGGAUUCGUAUAGUAGAAAGCUGCCCAGUGAUUGGUUCGCUUUCGGCUUUCCUGAACAGCAUUCCCAAAAUUUCUGGCACAUUGAAGAACGGUGCGUACAGGGGCCUUGUGAUGCACCACUAAAUGGAAAUUCUCCACAUCCAAUGUCAUGCAGCUAAGAAGGGUUAGAGACUGGUAGCCGAACUCGGUAGAUAUUUUGUUCAGUCGUACCAAGCCUCGUUUGAGCAUAUCAACUGAGCCAAUUGUGUUUGCUGCCACGUUACCUUGAGGACCAUUCAGGGUUCUUGGAAGUCUUAACACAUUCUUUCUAAUUGACGUCUCGUUCUCACGCAAAUGUCUGAUAGGUACAUGAUUCGAUGAUUUGAUAGAUAUGAUUCGAUGGUAAAUGUUGUAAACGCAUGGUGCUUCUCAUGGACAGAAAACGCUGCAUAGAUUUUACCGAUCGUCGUUAGAAAAUCUGCUAUCCUAUGAAGGGUUGUGAUUACUUUGAUGCAGCUCGUCUGCGCAUCGCAAACGUAAACAACGUAACUAAACUCAACACAAAGCCCUAUUGGUUGAUAAAACUCUGUCAUGCUCACAACGCUGUCUCGGUUUCCAGCUUUGCUACGGUUUCCAGCAAAACAUUCAACUGCACCCUCUUUCUUAGACCACAGCAUCACAGUGUGAUGCUGGAUCCGUGUACAAAAUCCCUCCUUCAUAAUUUCUACUAUGGACAGGGAUGGUCAUUUCCGGUAAUAUGGCCAAAUUUCAAAAUACAAUAAAUAGACGUGAAUGGAGUAUUUUUUGUUGAAUCUUUUCAGACUCAAAAACUCUUCAAAUACGUCAAAGAGCGUAUUUUAAAUCCCGUAUCCCGUCUUACAAUGAUUUCAUAUCUCGAAUCCCGAGACACAAAUUGCGAAAAUCCCACAUCCCGCAAGAAAUUUUAUUCCCGAAUCUCGCAUCAUAUUUUUUUAAUAUCCCGCCUCCUGAUCGAAAAAUAACCUAAUUCCUGCAUCCCGAAAAACCUAUUGUGGACCCUCGCUAACGGCAAGCUCACUAAAAGCUACCGCAAACAAGUUUUAACAAAAAGGGGCAAGAGGAACAUAAUCAUAUUAUUGUACAUUAUAUUGAGGAGUACGUACAGCUAUACAGGUAGAUGAAUAUUGAUGAUAUGAUUGCAAUGAAUCCUGUUGUGGUAUCUAAAAAUAGUGGAGUGACAUCAUAAUACAGUAUACCAAUGCAUGUCUUUUUUAUCUGCCAUCUUGACGGUUGAAACCCUUUGAUAAUGUUGUUAUUGAAAUUUCCCGAAAAGAUGCAAAAAACGAACUAUUUAUCUCUUUGCUGAUAAACUGCCCCAGCCUAGUCCUGUCUUCCAUAUGUAGCAUUUAACCUUCAACACAAUUCAUAUUCCAGAAUGGUUGAUUGACCGUCGACAUUGUCAAUCGAAAUGGCAAGAUUUAGCUCUUGUAAUAAGAGAAAAGAUUAAUGAAGCAAUUCAAGACAUGCCAGCAGUUGAUGAAAUUAUGCAACUUCUUUCUGGCAGCUGUAUGUAUUUCUUUAUACAGUACUGUAUAUAAAAGAAGCAGGGUGGUAACUUGGGUUUAAACAUUAGGGGUGUGUGUUUGUUUUACCUGACGAAAGUGUGUGUGUGGGAAAAACAAAAACAAUUAUGAGGCACCCCAUUCGUAUCACAUGUGACGAAACGAAAUUUAGAGUCUCUAGAAUGAGUUAAUAUUUUUGCCUGUGAGUGACUAAUACAGUGUAUCUUGUUAUUUGAGUAUUUGGUAAAUUUACCCUACAAAAAUGCUGUUCUCCAACAUUGGUGGUAUGGCAUCCCCCCCCCCCAAAUAUUUACACUCCUGGGAAGGUGAAAAUCAAGGGCAUAUUUAUAAGCAGGCCGCUUUCCACAUUAAUUUGAUACAAAAAUGUGCAGUGUGAUUGGUUUGAAAAGAUUCACCACAGAAAAGUUGGAAUGGAUCCUAUUCUAUUGCAGCAAUGUUUUUUACUAAGUAGUAACGAACAAUUGUGGUGUAUGGUAGCUUGCAGUAGGUUAACUGAUGAGUGCUGAUUGGCCCAUACCCCCUGCACCUCAUACGUCCUGCUCAUGGAUUAGUUUUGGAUUUGCUUUGUGUGCAGGGAUCAAUAUAAUGGUCAGCCAUUAGCUGAGCAAAAUGCUCAUAUGGCUGUCCACUAAUUACUCUGCACGGACAUUAUGGCCGACCGUUUUAUCUCAUUAAUUUGAAUAUUUUUUCCUUUAUUGUUGCAAGUCCUUUUAACAAAAUCUGUAAUCUUUAAAAACACAUGCAAACAAAGAUUCCGUCUGCUAGACAAUCACAAAAUUGGACUUCGUAACUAUCCAUGCUAUAUCAAUGUCAUCGUGUGUGUUAAAAGAAAUAUAAUUUUACAUUAUAUAUACUGUUACUGAGUAAGUUGUUGCUGAUAUUGUGUAAUUUUGUUAACCAUUAUGCAUAUGUAUAUGGUUUUGGACUCUUGGUACCAGUAGUUAAUUGUUACGGUUUUGGUUUCUAGUACUGUGACAACUGACAAUGUCCCUAUUGAGAAUAAUUAAGUGUCCGAUCAUGUCCAAGUAGUCCAACCAAAACAUGGAUUGGUCUGACACAAUGUCAGACCAAGUUUUCAGAAUUAUAUUGAACUCUGUUUGUAUGAACAAAUUUGCCUACUGGAAAACUGGCUCUGUACUACCAGAGUUGUAGACUUGAGUCAUGUGAUGUGGAAAUGACAAUUUUUGUGAUCUGUGACUUGAUUUGAACUUGCAAGAAAUGACCUGUUACCAUUGUCCAAUGCAAGUCAAAUGUAAAUGAAGUUGUAAAUAUCUACUGAACAUUAACCAUUAAACUCCAAUGCACCCAGAUGCUUCCUGUUUUAUUAUUUUACUCUAACACCAGACAAUUUUACUCGUUAAUGGGGGACGUUUGCGCUUUAAUUUAUUAAUUUCAAAAAUAUUUUGUAGCAUUUUGAGGGGAGGUAGGGGGAGGUGCACACCUCCCCUGAAAUCGUUUUGCACCUCCCCUGAAAAGUGAUGCACCUCCCCUUGGGAAUGGGAGUGGAAGUUAAAAUUUGACAUUUCUUUGUGUUUGUAAGAAUGUUUUUCGAAAGAAACUUUGUAGUAAUGUAUUGAAUGGCAAAAUUGGAUGAGUUGUACUGUUAUAAUUCACGAAUGCGUGCAUAUGUCACCUAGUUGAGUUUAUGGGGGCAGGGGUACAUUCUAAGCCCUAACAUUCCAUGGGAUCCAUGAGCUAGGAUUGCUGCACCUCCCCUAAACAGUUUUCCACCUCCCCCAGCAUUUCCACCAAAAUCUAGCCUUGUUUUGUGGCAGCUAGUCCAACAAGUUUACCCACCCCACCUAGAGAAAUUUGCACCCCCCUCCCUCCCACCAAAAGAAACAAAUUUAAAUGCGCAUUGGGAUAAAUGACAGUACGGUAGUAAAGAUUUUGAACUAAGUAAUACUAAAAACAAGGAUUUUGAACUAAAUAAGACCAAAAAUCUUAAACUUUUCUGGGGGCUUUGCCCCCUUACCCCCACUGGCUGCUGUACCUCCGCACACAUUUUUGGCACACCUCCUAAAUAUUCGGCACCUCCCCCCCCCCCCCCCCCACGAGCAAAAUCUGAAAAUCUGUUUAUGCUUUAGUGGGUUAACUUUCCUAUGUACAGUACAAUUGCACUGGCAAUUCACCAAGUGAAUGUACAGUGACCAUAAGUGCAGCCAGACUGGCAUACUGUAUCACAGUAUGAUUGAGAGCUUGUAAUGUACUAUACAGCUGUAGAGCUUGUAAUGUAUGAACUGUAGAGAAUUGCAACUUGACUUGGUCACUGUCAUUAUGCUACUUAACUUGACUUACCACAUGGAGUCAAUGACUUGUGACUUGGACUUGCAAGAAAUGACCAGACAGUGCUGUUGUGACUUGACUUCGACAUGCAAAAUAAGACUUAUUUAAAAAAAACCCUCUGUAUUCUCUACCCUUUGCACUGUUGUUUUGCAAAAAAAACAUUGUAAUUGUCGUAGUAGUAUACAUAAUUUACUUUUAUUAUAAUUACAGUAAUUUCAUAUUUAUAGACAUCAAUUAUUUCCAUUGUGAAAGAAUUGUGGAAUUAUUGAAAAUAUCAGAAUCUGCUACAAGAAAUAUUUUUGGAAGAUAUUCAUCUAAAAGAAUGAAGGUAAUAGGUAUUUUUAAGUCCCUGAUGAGUAAAAUCGUCUGGCAUUGGCGCAUUAGACAGUGGGCCUGCCACUGUAGGUCAAAGGCAACCUGUUACAGUAUUGUCCUGUUUCACAGGGUCUCUGGGAAGGGUCAAAUGUUAUAGGAAAUUUAGAGUAGAUAGGUUGGAUGCUUCUAUCUAAUUGAUAACUCAUGUAAGUUUGGUAACUUAUGUUAAUUAUCCUCAAUAACGUACAUCACUACGUUGUACUUUUUUCACCAGUACAGAAGUAGAACUAUUCCAGCAGAAAUUUUGAUUGAAUUUGCUGAUGGUAUUACAAUAUUGAUCACGUUUAUUUUAUGUUUUAGGAUUGGUUAGAAAUAUUACAACUUUAUGAAGCAGACAACGUGGGUUUAGGUAGUUAAUUUAAUUUAUCUUUGAUACAUUAGCGUUAAACUUUAUACAUUGCAAGAAUAGACCUUAUGCAUAAUGACGUCAUAAGGCUUGAUACCCGCGAGGAAUGCUGGUCUUAGUAGUCAUCGCCCGGGAAAAUUAAACAAUUCACAAUGGCCACUAUCGAAAUUUUUCCGGGCGAUGACUACUAAGACCAGCAUUCCUUGCGGGCAUCAAGCCUUGUGACGUCAUUAUGCAUACGGUUUAUUAUAUUAAAAACCCACAUUUUGCAUAAUCGAGUGAAAUAAGUUGAAGAUGUAUUAUCUGGCAACUUUAUUUUUAAAUGGUGAAUGUUCUAUGCUACAGUCUGUAAGUCUGAGUUUCUGAAUCGCGUCUGUUGGUUUUAGACAGACGUGUAUUCACUUGAUAAUCUUUUCUGCUUGGCCAUCGCGGUUUAUGUACGGAGAUCGGCGUACAAGGUUACAGGUUCGUUGGGGGUCUUCCUGUAUUAGUGACCGCGUUCUCAGUUAACAAGAGGUUCAUAUAAACGUAAUUAUGCAGUAUGACGUGUAUGGAUGCGAGUUCCUUAAAUUACCAAAACAAAAGUGAACAAAAAACAAAGACAUGUAAAAAGCUAGGAUAAACAGUUCCGCUUAUCGCUAUUCGAAAAGCAGAAAAUGUAUGGUCAAGCACAUUUUUAGGGUAGUGCUGGACUUCUCUAGGUGGUGCUAGACACCACUUGGUGGGGUGUGCCCCCCAUUCCUGCACCCCCAUAGUAGAUCCACCCCUACUGACUGUUGUAUACAGCAGGUGCACUUUCGGGUUCACCUGCAUGUUAUUAGUAGAUGGAAUUUUGGAACGAAAAUAUAUAUGCACUUAUAGACCUAACCGGGAGCAGCAGCGAAAAAUGAAAUUUUAGGCCCUCCGGCUGGAAUCGAACAACCUACGGCCUUGCGAUUCCGGUGCAGUGCUCUGACCACUGAGUUAUACAGUCCAUCUACUAAUAAACCAUCUAUACAUUCAGCUCCAUCGAACGAGAUGCCCAAAAUCUUGAUGUUCAUUCAUAUAGAAGGAAUUUACCAAUUUUAAUCAACUCUGUUAGACAGAAGCGUAGGGUCCGCCCCCGCCCAACUUCAAGAUCAAUUUUGUAUUUCUUUCAUAACUGAGGAAAAACUGGGCGGGGGGGGGGGGCGUAACCUCUUAAUGAUUUCAUCUGGUGACAUGGAAUACACCAAAUUUCCGAUUAUCAUAAAACUAUAUCUAAAAUGCAUGAAAUAGCGUUUCACAGACCCUAAAAAAUAUAGAAAAAUUCCGGGGGACAUGCCCCCGCGGACGGCCAGACAUUAGAUCCCACACUCGUUUGGGGCUGGCUACGCUCCUGCUGUUAGAAAAAAUAACUUUGAUACAGCUUGAAAUGUUGGUUGUGUAUAAGACAUGAAAAUAUAUGUACUGUAUUUCGCAUUACAUAAUAUUGUAUAUAUAUACAUAAUACAUAAAUAUAUUGUAUUUCGCUGUUGUCAACAGAGCCUGGACGACGUUUGAAUCUCCAGUAAUUUUAUCCGUUAAUUAUUAAUUUCUUUUGUGAUACAGUUUAUAUGGUGAACUGUUUCAUUGUGAUAGCUGUCGUCCUUAUGUUGGGUAAACACGUGUGCCUGUACAGAAUCGUAAUGACCAGUGUAAUGGUUUAAUAAAUAUUUCUGGAUCGAUCGUUUAGGAUAUGUACAUGUAUGUACGAAUUUCCCCUUACAAUAUUUUCUUGUUACAGAGCAUACAGUAAUUGUCACUCAGUAAAUGUACGGAUUUUUAUUUUUAGCUGAAGCGAGUCAUAUGCUCAUCAGAAAUGUUAAUUAUGAAAUUCCUUCACUAAAAAGACAAAUUGCUAAAAGUCAACAGACACAAAGAGUAAGCUACUUUAUCAAUAAAAGACUAUUCUAAAAGAAGAAAUAGAUUGCAAUGUUAAAUUAAACACAAUAUCAUGCAUUGACUGUAGAUUCAAAUCUAAUUUAAUGUAUCACCUGUUUCAGGAUUGUACAAGGAAAGAAAGUGAAUACGCAUUAAAUGCAAAUAAUUUUAAAGACAAAUAUCAUCAUAUUUGCAAACAGAUGGGAAUUAGUGUAAGUUACUUGUAACGUGUCCAAAAAUGUGUCCAAUUAGCCUUUCUCACGCCGCCAUUUUUGGGUGGCUUUUCAGCCGAAGUCUGCGAGACAAGUCCACAUAACAGCGCCUUUUUAUAAUUUUUUGAACGAAUGAUGGUAAAUUUGCUUUGUAAAUGAUUCGUUUAUUUUGAAAAAUUGCUUUUCACGUUGUUUUAAUUGUCUGCAUUGGUUAACGAGAAUUAGAUGCCACCCAAAAAUGGCGGAUAUUCGUCAUCGUGAGAAAGGCUAAUUGUCAUGACAUAAAAAUGCGUAAUUAAAAUCGAACAAAUUUUCCAGAGUAGUCGAUGGUAUAAGUUUGGUUUUAUUUACCUUUUAUCUUAUACAAUUACUUUAUGGUUUCCGUGUUUGGAUGGCCUGAUCCAAACACGCGGGAAUGUUGCGAGAGUUAUGAAAAGCGCGCGAAAUCACGAGCCGAAGGCGAGUGAUUUUGCGCGCUUUUCUUAACUCGAGCAACAUUCCCAAGUGUUUGGAUCAGGCCAUCCAAACACGGAAACCAUAAAGUAAUUGUUUUAUAAAAUAACCACUUUCCGUGUUAAAAUUUCACUUUAAAAAACUUUUACUUUAAAUUUCCGUGUUUGGAUGGCCUGAUCCGAUCCAAACACGGGUUUCGACCAAUCAGAGCACGCGUUAUAUACAUGUUAUUUUAUAAUGAGUGUUCUUGUUAGCACCCAGAAUGGCAGAUUUUUAUGUUUUUAGGGUACUGACAUAAGACAGGAACUCCUGUUGCUGUUGAAAGAUUUACCAACACUUUAUGAUGAUAUACGUGGCAAGACUGCAAGAUUGACAGAUAUUUUAUAUUACUAUGCUGCUUUUGUGGAUUUUAUUUCUCCUCGGUGAGCCAUGUAUAGUUGUAGUAUUGGAUCAGGCAACCCAAACCAGAUCGCGGGCGCAGUCGUAUUUUGCAAGACUGAAGACAGGGUCUAAAUGAACUUUGCAAAUAUUGACCUGGGGAUUAUAACUCCAAAGUAUACUUUCAAAUACUUACAGAAAUUCAGAAAAUCUACACGUUCAAUAUGUUACCCGUUUUUCACGUUGGUUCUUAUAUUCUCUCCGACAGCCGUGAGCACGGAGGUUGAAAAUGCGAGUUUCUGUUUCCCUUUUCCGUCUUCGUUGUAGUCGGUGUCAUAAACCUACUGGUGUAUUUCAAUAGGUGAAUCAACACAGGUGACCCAAACGAAACCGUAGGCUUUUUCUUGUACAUCUUGGCGCUAUGUAUGGCAGCGCAGAAGCGUAAUCGUUAACUUGACCCAUAUAUUAUCCAUAAGUUACCCUAAUUAAUAUGCGUGUUGAGAUAAGGUACGUUUACACACAACGAUUAAUCGGGGCAUCAGCGGCGUCUUGACAGCUAUUGUUUCUUUAUUCUAUUCUUUAAUGCCACCAUCUUUACAUAUGCAUCUCAAACUCAUUAAUUAUUCAUGAGUAAAUUAGCCAACCAUAUUGCUUUAUUUUGCUCACACGAUAAUACUGGAUACCUAGUGAAGUAGCCUAUAUUGAUCCUGGAUCAAAAUUAAUUCAGUUCUUGGACUGGAUCAAAAUUAAUUCAACCCACUUUAAGUACUUAUUUAUUCGUAUGAGAUGUCAUUUCAAAUCCUCCAAUUCGGACUGCCUAGAUUUAUAUAUUUAUAUAUUUAUAUAUAUAGCCGUAGGUUUAGCUAUCUGCAUUUAUUUGUAUUGAAAUUAAAAAAAAAUUAAUCUAGAAAGGAUGAAAGUGAACGGCAAAGCAAAGAGUUGUGUCCAGUGAUAUGUCAUAUUAUUGAACAUGGAAAUACAUCUGUUUAUCAAUGGAAAACAGGGAAUAUUCCAACGGUAACUUUCUAAAUGUAUAUAGUUAUAGUAGUGAUUUAUUUUGACAACACUUAUAGCAGCCAUUUGGCUGAAGUACGUUUCACACAUGGUUAAAGAGAUUAUUAGGUUAGCGAAUCAAAACCAGUAACCCUUUUACAUAAAAAGUUGACGUGAAUGACUGCAGGAGCAUGUUGUUCGAUAGCCGGUGAGCUUAUUCCUGGAUUAACCAAAAACGUUAGAGCAAAUUUCCUAACCAUGUACGAGUUGGCUGGAAACCAUGGUAUCUGUGAAAUUUAUCUCACUCUAGCAUCUGAAACAAACCUCUACGAUGAAACUGUUAUUAAAACUGACCAGUCAAAAGAAGCAAACCUUUUAUGAAGACUUUCAUUUUAUUUGUAAUUUUCAUUUCAUUGUUAUUACUGUCUUUAGCUCAUUAUAAAUCCAGACCAGGUGAAUGAAAACACAGACAAUGCAGAAUCAUCAGAGGUGAGUUAUGCUCAUUAGGUAGGCCUAUGAUUCAAUUUUACCAAAGUGUAUAUAAAUAUGGUUGCAUGUUAGUUCAAAUGGAGUAAUAUUAAUUGCUAUUAUAUAGCCGUUAUUGAACACUAUAUUUUUAUCGCAACGACAAACUAUAAUUGUUUCGAAUAUCACGAAUACCGUGCAUUAAUACAGAGGUUAAGGUAUAGCCCGCGGUUCCGAGUCAUGGAUACGGGUAUAGCGUCACUUUGUUAAGCAGUUUUCAUCGAUGACGAUGUCGUUAUGUUUACUCGUAAUAACCGUACGCAUUGUUUCGAGUAGACCAACAGACCAUUGUAUAUCGGAAGAAGUAGAAAAUAUAAAUGAUUAAAGAUGUAUAGACAUCAGUGCAAGUUUCUAAACAAAAAGACACUAUACCCGUUCCCGUAUAUGGUACCGUUGUAUCUUAACUUCUCUAAUGAACUAAUGCCGGGAACACACGUAAAAAUCUCAAUUGCAUGGGACAGAUUAAAAUGUGAGUGUGUUAUUCAAUUUUGUUUCAGAUAAACUGGGAUAUUACCGGUGAAACUUCUAAAGAUGAAGGUACAGUAACUGUAUAAUAAUAAUCUGUAAAUUCAAAAUUAUUAUAAAAAUAACCUUGCAUGGGUAGUGCAUGCAUGGUUCUGGUCAGGUCAUGGUUCUGGUCUGGUCAUGGUUCUGGUUCUGAAAAAGGUAAGAAAACGUCUCGACGUUUUAAAGAAAGUUUCUUCAUCAGGAGGCUACCGAUUUCACGAACGUAUAUCAAGUGUGAUUGUAUCAUGUUUUAGGUGCAAUUGAUGGUAUCAAUUUUGGUGAUAAUAUCGAUUAUGGUGAAAAUAUCGAUUUCGGUGAAAAUACCGAAACUAUUGAUUAUGGUGAAAAUAUCGAUUUCGGUGCAGGUAAUAUUGAUUAUGGCGAUGAACAAACAAUAGAUUUUGGAGAUAAUGAUAUUUCAAGUGAAGUGAAAAUCGAGGAAGGUAAGAUAUAGAAAACGUUUAUAAUUAUAUUGUUUAUGCCAAGUUCAUCAUGCAGGAAUGAAUAACAUUUGGCAUCAGCAAACUCCAGUUAGUUUUUGACCUCCAAAUUUAUCCUCUAAAUUGGAGGUGAAAAACAAAAUGUAAUUUGCUCAUCCUACCAGCUAGUAUAGGCCUAUACCAUGUAAUUGUUUUACAUGUUUCUUGUGGUAUCAUUGUAAAUAUUUGUUUCUAAAGGGAUUCUGGAUAUAAAUAAAAAUUUCUUGUAGACCAGUCACAUAAUUGCUGUUUCCGUAUGGGCAAAACCACACACAAUCCAGUAGAGAUUUUCGUAAUAUUAAUACAUUCUAAAAUGAUUGGGUUCUGAUUAGAUUACAGUCAAAAUGUUUAGACGGAUAUUGAAUACUUUGAUUACAACUAAACAAUUUACAAUACCUGAAGAGUGGGUCUCCACUGAUUGAUAAUAAACUCUCGAUAUAUUUCAGCUCUCUAUACGCUCUCGGCCUCUCGCACACUGUCUCAAUACGAUACUUGCCUUCGAUACUCUCUGGAUACUAUUACGUCAUGCACAUUUGUCAACACUUAAUUACUAAUUCAAUCACUUAUCAUUAAUAAUUAAUCAUCUUCAAAUAGUUUGUAAACUCUCUGAUCCAAUUGCUGUUUAUUUCAAAAUGUCCAUAUCUCUGUGCACAACACUACGUCCGGCACAUCCUUACUCCAUCACCAUGGAUACGUGCUUGGUUCUGGUAGUUGUAGUGAAAUGAUGUCGUCAUGAAAGGGUCUAUUCUCUAUUGUAUAUCCGUUUAUUGCAGUUCAGUUCCUUCUCGAAAAGGCGGGUAAAGUAUUUUAUGUCUUUGGUUUUGUAAAUUGUAGACUCUGGUGACGAUGGCAUAGCUCAGGGUAACGAUGCUUUAACUAUGUUGGAUUACCCACAGACCAGGAAUAACUAUAUCGAUGAAAUUUUAGAGGUGUGUAUAGUAGCAAUUUCUUAUAUUUUCCCAAUAUAAUUUUAAUACUUCUAUACUGUAUUUGGAUUCAGUGUGAUUUAAUCAUGAGCGAUGUUGUGAGACUUUCAAAAAUCGUAUUUAGGUUAUGAAACGAGAAAUAAAAGCUCUGAGCUAGAGCUCACGAAUUAUAGCGCUUCACACAAAUGUUUCUACACUACAUACAUCAAGAUCGUGUCCAUUCUCGUUCCCAGGGCUUCUCGGCUCUUCCCUGGGAACGAGGUUGGUCUCCACGCAGUUGUUGGAGUUACGGAGAUAAGCUUGCGAGGCGAAUUCGUGUGAUUUAAUGUCAACCAGGUUUAAAAUGCCAUGUUUCUGCAAACAAUGUAAGUGGAGUUGCUGAAAGUAUUUUUCCUGACAGAAUUUUAUUUGUAUCCUGAGAGUUUUACUCAGUGUCCAUAAAGUAUUGGAUUUAAUGAAUUCUUUCGAAGAGGAAGGGUGUGUAUUUGAAACUUCAGUAGUGUUUUAGUUUCCGUAGCACAUCAAAUACGCGAAAAAAGCCGUCUUUAAUAGUUGUUAGAGCUAAGGAGAUGAUUUAAAUUACUUUCAGCUUCAAGCAUUUCUGGAUCAAAGGUUAAAAGAAAUGGAAGAUGAUACAAAUAUUUUGUCAUCUAAUCAGGUAAAAAAUAUUUCGUGCGGAAACUAACAGUUUUGGGGAUUUCUUCAUAUUAUGGAAUAUUGGGUCAAAUGGGUCAAUAUUUCUGCUUUUUAGUUCCAGUCUUCUCGCGAUAUCCUGCAAAGACAAUCACGUGACAGUGUUCAAGCAAUGAAAAACCAAGUCGAUGACAUCGAUAGCCUUUUAACAUCCGUCAAAAUUCAAAACUUAUUUUUAAUAAAAGCGUCUCCAAGGUAAUGUAUAUUUAAAAUAACUGUAAUUAUACUGGUAUUAUGCUGUAAGAGGUAUUAUACUGUAAGUGGAGAAUGAUUUGUAUGUCACGUAGCACGCGCAGUGACAUGCUUAAAACUAGUGAAUAUAAUUUUCCACUUGGUUAUGACUAUAUUCAAAUUUUAGAAUUUUUGAUACGUUUCUGAAGCGGCAAACAAACUUUAAAAGUAUGUUUAUAGUGCUUUUAUUAUCUGUAAAAUUAUGCUAAAAUGAAGAGAUUUUAGAUGGUACGCCAAAAAGAUAACGAUGUUUGAAGUUCAGUAAGUUUUGAUUAUAUUGCUGUAUAAAUAUGGCGUCAAUUUUACAGCAUCAAUCAAAAAUAUUUUUAAUCAAAUAAAAAAGUAAAACACUAUAACUUCAGUUGUGCAGUGUGGCAGAUACACAAAUAUAUGCACAUGCAGGAUUCUGCAAAUUGAGGGCAUGCCACGCAGGCUAGCAGGAUUCUGGUUGGAGCAGGUUUAAAUAAAAAUAUGUAAAUUUCAAAAUAGGUUGAAAGUAAUAUCGAGUAUAAUGCAUGCAAAAACGUCAUAUUUUUUAAAAAUUUUUUUUUACAUUUUUUAUCACUUGAAAAUAUAUUAAUGUGGCUCUGUAACAAGAGCCAUUGUAGAUGUGCUAUUGUGGAUUGCUUUGCUUGUGUUCAUCGUAGACGACGAUCAGGCCUUCACUAAAAAUGACGCCUAAUCGCAGGUUAGACUGGUUAGUCAUGGACAACAUAGGAUGUACUAGUCUAAUGUCUACCUCAGACUGUGUUUUGUAAGAUUUUCUGCUUUUGCCGUUUUGCAUGGCUCUAAAGACCUCUAAUACGAAGGCCUAAAUAUUAACACUAUUAUACAGUAGCUAUAUUCUUAACACUCAACUUGCAACUCUUCUGUGUAGGUACGUUGACCGUUUGACGGAAUCUCUACAACAUAAAUUAAAAUUAUCUGAAAAGAUGCAAGCUUCGUGUAAGGCGCUAGCAGAACGAAGACAAGAAGCCGCGACUCUUCAAAGUGAACUGGAACCUAAGCUUGACGUCAUUGUGACGAAAACUAAACAACUUCAAAAACAGGUAUGUUCAUAGCCAGCCCAAUGUUUUUUUGUAAGUUUGCUUCGCGAUUAAUUGAUUGAUUUGUUUGGUGUGGAUAGCCGCAUCGUUUAUCUCAUUUGAUCCACUCGGAAAUCUAUUUGCACUAGUUUGGUAUAGUAAAACGUUUGUUUUUCCUACGCUAACGCGUAGAUUUGAAUUUCAAAGGCGUCAUUACAAUGACACUCAUUACACUAAGUACAAAAUAAGUUAUUAAUAAAUAGUAAAUAUGUACAUGCAAUUAAAAUUUGAAUAAGAUAAAAAAAUCAAGGAUAUUUCAUUAUUUGACUUAACAGGCAUGAUGUUACAAAACUGGCAUUAAAGGAAGUAAGAGAUUCCUUAUUCCUCAAUCCGUCUGGGAUCGAGGCUAUUUCUCAGUUUUUGCCCCUGUAUAACUAAGACUCUUCUUAAGAGAUCCAGAGAUGGAUUUGGUAAAUAAAAACGUGGUGUUCUCCACAAGAACAAGUGAAUGACAUGGAGUAAGUUGACUACUACAACGGAAGGGGUCUCCUAUACAACGGAAGGGGCCUCCUAUACAACGGAAGGGGCCUCCUAUACAGUGUGUAUCAAAAUAAUUCGAAUCCAAAUUUGACAGACUGCUGUUUAUAAAAUACUAAAGUAAACGAUAAAAUUUGUAUAUGGCAAUAAAGAAUAGCCUAUUAGGUUUCCGAUUAUAUCGUUAUUAUAUCAAUAGAACCAAAAAUGACCAAGAAAUCGUGUGUUCAAACUGGUUGCUCGAAAUCAAAUUUUUCCGCUGAUGGGAAUUCGAAGUGAGACGUACAGACAAAAGAUAGUGCAAAUUUAAUUAAUCAACAAACUGUUAUGUAGCAAAAUUUACAUAAAUUCGUGUUCAUUUAAAGAGAUUUAAGCUCCUAUGCCUUCAACAUGUUGAACAAGAAGAAAUAUGCGUUAAAUUUACAUUUUAGUUUUCAGUGAUGAUUAGCAUUUCAAAGCCUUGUGGGACUAACUUUGAAAGAAAAAAUGUCCAAUUCCCAUCGGCGGAAAAUUGUGAUUUUUAUGGACUUUUUUUGUCAAAGCAAUACUCCUUCAUUUUCCAACUAAAUGACGCGUACAACAUGUCAUUUGAAAAGUAAAUAAAUGAACUUAACAAUGGUGUAAAAACCAACCGAAUUUGUCAAAUAUAUUCUGCGUUAUUACACGCCAAAUUUGGAUUCGAAUUAUUUUGAUACACACUGUACAACGGAAGGGGCCUCCUAUACAGACUGAUGGGUAUACGUCUCAAGCCGGUUUCCAAGUAGCACAUUUCUUCGCCGAGAUACACAAUUGAUAUAAUCUUGGAAUAUAAACUUCUUUAGAUAUCUGAAGAAAUUUCCAAGAAAUAUGACAACAGGAUUGUGAAUAUUAUGGGUGAAGUAAACUCUAUAUGAAUAUCAAUACAUAUUCAAAUAGACUAUAUAGAUGCAUGCCUCUAUUUCAGACUUUAUUUCAGAUUUAUAUGUACAUUAUAUUCAAAUGCUAGAAGGUAGAUAUUAAUUUAAAUGUUAUUUUGGGCCUUAUUUUAUUGAUAUUCAUAGUUUUUAAACUGACUAUAGCGAAAAAAUAAAUACUGUAAUUUAGAUCAAAGCUUAUAUACCUUUUGCUUGGCCCAUUAAAACACUGAGCGCAAGUUUCUCCACGUAAAAAAGUUGUACAAAUAGAUAUUAAGGAGAAAUAAGAACAAAAGAUGUUAGUAUAAAAAAAGGUAAUCCAACUUUAGCAUGCCAUUGUGCGUUAAGUACUCGGUGUAUGAACGUAAUGUUUUCAUAAUCAUAAAGAUCAGUCUUUUGGGCUAACCUUGAUUAAAGCAGUGCAUAACAAAAGAAAAGCAAUUAAUCACGAAUGUGUCAUUUUAACAAUGAGCUUAGAGCUGGUUUACAAGAUGUUAUAAUUAUUAUGCAUACGCACGUGCUAAAGGGAGUUAAUUUUCAAUAGUUUUAGAUCCAAUUCUCGACGGUGAAAGUAUUCAAUUUCGACAAACAAUUUUUAUUAGACUCGUAUUUGCUCAUUUUUUCUCCAUAUUGGAUGAUUAAAAAACGUGUCAUCCUACAGCUGAAAGCCCGAUCUUUAUGAUUAUGAAAAAAAAUGCAUUCAUGCACCAAGUAAUUAACGCACAAUGGCAUGCUAAAGUUGGAUUACCUUUUUUUAUACAUCCUGUAGAGCACAUGACGUCACACCCGCCAUGUUGGUGUUCAAUUCAAAAUAAUUUUAAUUAGGCUCUUGUCUGGAACACCAACAUAGCUUUUGUUGAAACGCCAGCCUCGUACCCAGGCGCUUUGUCGUGCUACACCGUCGCGCGACACGCACGCGGGACGACACGCGUGGGAGAAAAUGGACUGAAUUCGCGGGGAAGCCUCACCACGAAAUCGAUAAAAUUAAUCCACGCAAAGGCCACGCAAGCCAUAGAACAACACACAGCGCCUGGGUACGAGGCUGUGCAAAGGCUCUAUACCAUAAUAUGUAACUGCAAGCAAAGAUAAUAUGUAACUGCAAAGCAAUUUAGACCCGUAUCCACAACCAAAAGUUUAUUACUGCGCAAUAGGAGAAAUUUCUUUUCCAAAUAGUUGUACAGGGUGCAUGUCUAAAAAAAAAACGCUAUGGAAAUUCAAUAGGCUGUCGUGCAUCAUCAACUUUGCUAAACAAUUCAAUUUUUACAUAGAAGAACAGUUAUUUAACUUUUCAAUGAUACCUUUUUAUAUCGUAACAAUGCGAAAUGGCCACAUACUCGUUAAAUAAAAAUUGCCGGUGUCACAGGAAAUUCGC